AUGGUAGACAUGCGCAAACGGUUCCGCGGCAACCAGCCCUUCCAUCUCGCCAAGGAGACAGACAGUGUUACCGGCGAGGUCGUCGAGAAGAAGAAACCGGUUCCUCAGCUCUACGCUGGUCGGCCGGCGUACCAGGGUGUCAAGGAGAUAAGCGGCGACGAAGUGCAGAUGGACCCUGAGAAGACCAGGGGUUUGUAA